AAGUUAACAAAGCAAAGUCCUCUCCUUAUUUAGCUCUCACUGUGCGUCUGUAUGAGUGUGUGUCACAGAGAGAACGUCAUCCGGACGAGACGCCACUGUUGUUUAUGUGUUAGUGAGUGAGGAGGGAGUGGGACGGAUAUAAAGGGAGGAGAGAUAGCGAAGCGGAGGGAGAGGUUCUUCUAAUUGCUUUCAUUUUCCUCUAAUGACCGCCGUGGCUCGAGGAGGAACGGAAACACAGUUCGUCUGUCCGUCUCAGCGCGCACACACCGCGGAGAGGAGGACUCUUCUGGACGCACGAGCGCGCGCGCCCGUCUGCACCUGUUGAGCCGAUCUGUUCCCGUCCUGCAGUCAUGUCCGUCUCCACAGCUGUGUGAGAGGCUGCUCGGGUCUAUCACAGGUCUUCCUAUCUUACACGAGAGAGAUGUCAUCGCUCUAUUCACGCAGCAAGGACCUUUCCUCUCGCUCCAGAAAGUCCCUGUCGGACUCGCCGCCCUCCUCCCCGUCCUACAGCAGCAAAACCUCCAGACAAGACCGGGCCUCAAGCAGGCCAGACUCUAGUGGAGUGGAGUCUGCGUCAGACAGACAGUCAGCUCGGACCAGCACAUUCACGCGCAGAGAGAACAGACUCGCCUCUCUCAGCAAAACAGAGGACGACUCGGCCAGCAAGGACUAUAAGAAGCUGUAUGAGGAUGCACUGACUGAGAAUGAGAAGCUGAAGUCUCGACUGGAGGACAGCAAGCAGGAGCUGACCAAAAUCCGCUCACAGCUUGACAGAGUCACACAGAAGCAGGACAGGAUAUCAGAGAGGUCCACUGUAUUUGAAUCAGAAAAAAGGGAAAAAGAAGCAUUGGAGAAGAGGGUUUCGGACAUGGAAGAAGAAUUUAAGGUUUUGACAGAACUGAAGUCUGAUAACCAGCGGCUCAAAGAUGAGAAUGGAGCCUUAAUCAGAGUCAUCAGCAAACUUUCCAAGUGAGGACGACCGGCUGGAGGAGGGGAGGAGAGGAGGAGAAACACUGAACAGAGAGACACCAAAUCUGAGGACUCCACAUCCACUUCAAACUGACCAUUGGCAUGCUGGGUAAUUUGCUCUUGGUGCAUCAGCUCCAGGGUUGAAGAGAUUCUCACAACUUUAUUAUUAUUUUUUACAAUUAUUUUAUAAUUUACUUGCUCAUGUCGUUACAAACCGGUACGGCAUUCUCUCUGCUGUGGAACGCAAAAGAAGAUAUUUUGAGAGGUUUCCCAUAGAAUCAUCAAAUAAAUGGAACGUUUUCUCACUGUUAGCCAUUACUAAAUUUGAAAUGUUUCAGGAUCAGUGUAGGAGAUGAUAGAAUCCCUGCUGAAAAACAACAGAAAAUGUCCAUGCUGGCCAGGCUGGUUUAAUAGUCCUGAAGAUAAAGGUUCUUUAAUGGCAUUGAUGGUUCCACAAAAAAAAGAAAAAAAAAAAAAGAAAUCACAUUAAAGAAAAAUAAUUUCCUUUUAGAAAAGUUCUAAAAUGUAAAUGUUCUUUGGGGAACGCACUUUUUAGAACCAGAUUACUGCUAGUCUAUCUGUGGAACCAGCAUAAAGAUUCUCUUGACCAGCUAAAAUGAGUUUGUGAUGCCGAUCAACUGGGUUUCUGAUGAAGCUGGCUGACUAGAAGACUCUUGCUUGUUAAGAAGCACCAGCACACUACGGAUAAGCAGCUAAACCACAGCAUUGGUCACCGACUGUUGUGGUCUUUUCAGCAGGGAGAAGCUGAACAAACUGCCAUUCCUUUAAAUAAUAUUUGAUCAUCAAUCCAAUCGAUUUAUCCAGAAGCGGUCAGCUGGUCUAAUACGGUCCAGUGUGUUCUUCAAAAAGGAUUGUUCCCAGCGAGAGAAACCACUCUCCACAUAUCAACCCAUUUGUCCUGUUUACCUUUACAGUUGUGGUGUUUCUAUAUAAAGUGAUGGGCUGCAGAAUGGAUACGUGGAACCAUUGAAGGGGUUUUAUAUUUAUUGGUGUUUUUUUGUUUGUAAUUAAUAAUAUCUAUAAGGAUAAAACAGAAACACAUCACACAUAAUAUGGCAUUGCAGAUGCUUUUCAUUGUCCACAGUUUUUAACCUGUAAUCUUGAACCAAUGCUCACAGCACUUUGUUUAUGAUUGUGUUUGUUGUUUGCCUGAGUAUUAAAAACACUGUAAAAUACAG